CCUUUUAAUGGCGCGGCGCGCGGGUGCGGCGGGCUCUCGCGCGGCCCAGCGCAGAGGACGAGCCGAGCAAGCAUGUCCGGGACCCGAGCCUCUAACGAUCGGCCCCCCAGCGCGGGCGGCGUCAAGCGGGGGCGGCUGCAGCACGAGGCGGCGACCACCGGCUCCCGGGUGACUGUGGUGCUGGGCGCGCAGUGGGGGGACGAGGGCAAAGGCAAGGUGGUGGACCUGCUGGCCACGGACGCCGACAUCAUCAGCCGCUGCCAGGGAGGCAACAAUGCUGGCCACACCGUGGUGGUGGACGGCAAGGAGUAUGACUUCCACCUGCUGCCCAGCGGCAUCAUCAACCCCAAGGCCGUGUCCUUCAUCGGCAAUGGAGUGGUUGUCCACUUGCCGGGCUUGUUUGAAGAAGCAGAGAAGAACGAGAAGAAAGGCCUGAAGGACUGGGAGAAGAGGCUCGUCAUCUCUGACCGGGCCCACCUCGUGUUCGACUUUCACCAGGCGGUGGACGGGCUCCAGGAGGUGCAGCGGCAGGCCCAGGAGGGCAAGAACAUCGGCACCACCCGGAAGGGGAUCGGGCCAGCCUACUCGUCCAAGGCCGCCCGCACUGGCCUCCGCAUCUGCGACCUCCUGUCCGACUUCGACGAGUUCUCCUCCCGAUUCAAGAGCCUGGCACAGCAGUACCAGUCCAUGUUCCCCAGUUUGGACGUGGACACCGAAGGCCAACUCAAGAGGCUCAAGGGCUUCGCCGAGCGGAUCCGCCCCAUGGUCCGAGACGGCGUCUAUUUCAUGUACGAGGCGCUCCAUGGCCCCCCCAAGAAGAUCCUCGUGGAGGGCGCCAAUGCAGCCCUCCUUGACCUUGACUUCGGGACCUACCCCUUCGUGACGUCCUCCAACUGCACGGUAGGCGGUGUGUGCACUGGCCUGGGCAUCCCGCCCCAGAACAUAGGCGAGGUCUACGGCGUGGUCAAGGCCUACACCACACGCGUGGGCGUCGGCGCCUUCCCCACCGAGCAGAUUAGCGAGAUCGGGGACCUGCUGCAGAGCCGCGGCCACGAGUGGGGCGUGACCACGGGCAGGAAGCGGCGCUGUGGCUGGCUGGACCUCAUGAUCCUGAGAUACGCCCACAUGGUCAACGGAUUCACCGCGCUGGCCUUGACGAAGCUGGACAUCCUGGACGCCCUGGACGAGAUCAAGGUUGGCGUGGCGUACAAGCUCGGCGGGAAGCGGAUCCCCUACUUCCCAGCCAACCAGGAGAUCCUGCAGAAGGUGGAGGUGGAAUACGAGACACUGCCGGGGUGGAAGGCGGACACCACGGCCGCCCGGAAGUGGGAGGACCUCCCCCCGCAGGCCCAGAGCUACAUUCGUUUUGUGGAGAACCACGUCGGAGUGGCAGUGAAAUGGGUUGGUGUCGGCAAGUCCAGAGAUUCGAUGAUCCAGCUGUUUUAGACAAAGCCGGAGCUGACCCCAGCGGCGUGGCCCACGUCGUGUCCUUUCCUCGGCCAGCAGAACCAACGCCGUGAACUAAGAGAUUUGAAAGCUAUUUUCUGUACUUUCGUAUUGCUCUUUGAGCCUUCAGCCCAACCCACUGACUUCCACAACGUGAAGCAUCUGAAAGCCAGUGCUGUGUGCGUGUUUUAAAGUCCUGCUGUUUCACGUGAGCUCAAACCAGAGCCCUUUUCUGGCUCCUUAACUGUCACGUGGUUGUCUAUACAGUUGGAGCCGCUGAGUAAUAAACAAAUCCCGCAGCCGCUGAGCAGCAGUGAGCAGUGCAGGCUUUUUUCUGACUUCGUCAUCGUUACUUUGACUUUUAACUGCUCAAGGCAUCACUCGGCAGCAUCAGUGGCCUGGGUGACUCACAUUUUCGGUGUCAGGAAGCCAAGCCGUUUGUUUGCUCAGACAACAAAAUGGGAGCAGCCCAGGGAUGGAAGACCACGGGCAUGAAGCAUGUUUUCCAAGAUGGAAAGUCUCCGCAGACCCGCUCUAGAUGCCAGAGCCCUCCCCACACAGCAGGUCCUGCCUUUCAGUGGGACGCCCUCUGCCCCGCCCCAUGUUCCCCAGGCGAGGAAGACGCUUCUCAGCUGGCAGAACCUGCAGAGACCCUGCUGUGGUCUGUGCUCAGCUGGAAGCCGUACUCGGCUCAUUCAACAACGCUUCAGAGUGCGCAGUCAGUUUAGAAAAAUAACUGGCCUUUUGGUGUCAUUUCAGAGAGGGGAGGGUUUAUACACAUGGAGAGGCUGGGAGUCUGCCAGGCUUAAACCCUCACUUUCUGGAGCUGAGGAUGUCAUCUGGGCUCCCUGGCAUUGGGCAGAUGCCAACCGGCUCGCUCCCCGUGGACCCCGCCAGCCCCAGGAUGUUCUGCCGGGCCCGGUGUCACCGGCUCGCACCCUGGAGUCCCAGACUCUCGUGACAGCAUAUUAGGUGAACGGGCCGCAUAUUGGGAGUAUGGCUUCACAUACACACUAGCGAGCUUUUCCAAACGGCCGAGAAUGCCUUCAGUGAUUUGAAAGAAUGCGGGAGCACGUGUGUGGACCAGCUUCCUCGGGCAGCCGGGCUAGAAGUGAGAAACAUCAGAAGAAACAGACCCUGGCGUUCCCUUCACGACAGAGCAAAGGAGAGGAAAGGAGAGAGCCCCGAGGCAGGGUGAGCUCUUAGGGAAGGAGGAGGUGGACCCCAGCUCUCCUCCCUGCCCCCGGGGACUGUGCUUCUCGUGACCAGAUGACCGUCUCAUCCCAUCUUGCUACAACAGAGGGGUGCAUGCUCUGGGCAAUCAACCAGAACGGACAUUUUUCAGAAGAAAGAGAAAUCACUUUGUUCUGUGUAAAAAGCUGCACUCCUGGCUCAGCAAGGUCAGCCUGCAACUUAGAUUAGAAAGCUGCCGCUAAAUCCUUCACUCCAGUACAAGCUGUUGUUUCCUUCCAGCUCUGGACCACAUCCUGGGGAGGCAGCCGCAGGCGGCAUGUCUGACUAUCUGCAGAAGUUUUACAGAAAAGACCAAACUCGAGGGGUCGCCAUUCUUGGCUGGCACCGGCGUCCUCACCCUUGUGUGGCCCAGAGAUGGGAGGGUAGGGGGUGAGGUUGGCUGCCUUCUUUCAGCAUCAGGUGCUGUGAGGGUCUGAGCAAUUAUAACCUGGUGUCCUCUCUCCUUGGCACCAACAGCAGACCUCCAGGGUAGAGGAGCUUACACUGGUCUCAAUUGAGUAUGUGGGGAAAAGACAAGUAAGUGAUUUGAGGCUGUUGCUCCAUAAAAUGUGUUUUCAAGCUCUUUGGAAA